AUGGAUUUAGCGCCAGCGCGAGAAAUGGAGAGCUCGUUGAAGAAGCCGCUGGUGGAAGUCGACGUGGCUGGCAGCGACUCUGGAGAUCAGGAGGCGACUGUGCAUCCCGAAGAACCACCAGAGGAUGAAGUUCCACCCUCUCAAGAUGAGGCUGAGAGCAGUGAUAGCUCCGGAGAGGAGUGGGAGGGAGAUUCUCUCUAUGAAGAGGCCUUGCAUCUCGCACGCGACGACCAGCUUUCCUCAGUCCCUGAUGCGUGCACCCCUGAAGAAGCUGCGGCUUAUCGAAAGCGCUUGCGAGAGAUUGGCAAGGUAGCUUUUGUAGAGGAGACAAUCGGUCGGGGCACCAUUACGGCGAGGAAGCUCUGUACUGCCUUUGGCAUCGUCCCUCCUCCUUUCCUUGAGGACGCGCCUGACGAGGCGUUUCACCCUCUCCUUGCUCUUGCGAUUUCACGGGAGUAUGCAAAGCGUCAGAAACUUCCUGAGUAUAAUACGAUUGAGGAUGCUGUUGAACUGCUCAAGAAAUCGAAGAACAUAAUUGUCAUUACUGGCGCUGGGAUCUCGACCAGUCUAGGAAUUCCUGAUUUUCGAUCUAAGGAUACAGGAUUGUAUUCUAGAUUGGAACAUUUGGGUCUCAGCGACCCUCAGGAAGUUUUUGAUAUCCGCCUCUUUCGUGAAGACCCAAGCAUCUUCUUUUCCAUCGCGAAGGAUAUUCUUCCAACGGAAAAGAAAUUCUCACCCACCCAUGCCUUCAUCCGCGUCCUGCCCGAGAAGAUCGUCCAGUGUCAUGGCUCCUUCGCAACAGCUACCUGCACCAAGUGCAAAUACCAAGUGCCGGGGGAGACCAUCUUUGACACUGUCCGAAAGGGCAAAGUACCCGAAUGUAAACGUUGCAAAGAGGAGAUUGCAUCGAGGCCUGAAGGCAUGAAGCGAAAACGCAGCUCUAACGGUCUGCAAAAAGACCGUAAGAAGGAUGACCAAGACAGUUCCAAUGAGGAGGAAUAUGAAAUUCCAACCCCUGGUGUCAUGAAGCCCGACAUUACCUUCUUCGGAGAGGAUCUGCCUGACGAGUUUGGGCGUCGCUUGAUCCACCAUGAUCGGGACAUCGCAGACCUGGUCAUCGUGAUCGGGACGUCACUCAAAGUGGCACCUGUUGCGGAUGUGCCUGCUAUCAUGCCAAGCAAUGUGCCUCAGCUUUACAUUUCGCGCACUCCCGUGUCGCACAUCGGUUUUGACAUCGAUUUGCUGGGAGACUGCGAUGUGGUUGUCUCCGAGCUCUGUCGCAGGGCCGGAUGGGAAUUGAAACAUGAAAUGAUACCCAGUGAUCAAAAGGUCGAGGUUGUUCGAGAAGAGGGAUACGAGUCACGAUACACCUUCAAGGUUACAUGUAUCGAGCUGUUGAUAGAUCAUAGAUCUACCCUCGAAUAUGCAAUAUCUUGUGUCAUCAUGAUAGGCAUGAAUAAAGGAUUUCGUAUUUUCUUUGGUAUUUUCUUGGGUCCAUAUCAAAAAUUCUAUCGAUGCGGCAUGUUAAUGAUUAACUCAAAUUUCGAAAAGAAAUACCGACGCCUGUCCAAGAAGAAGAAGAAGAAGAAGAAGAAGAAUCAGCAGCCAGAUGCCGCAGCUUUCACAGUCAGAAUGGAGUAUCUGAUCCGCUUUGCUCAAGCGCACGAGACAUUCCGGCGGCCGGAGAUCGAGGCGCUGGCGAAGCUGGCGGGGAUCGACGUCGAGUUUGUCUUCUACAACAAAUAUUCACCAUAUUGCAUUGUCAGACUGAAAGAUGAGGCCGCGGCGCGUGCCCUCAUCGCGCGCAGCAUUCUAGGGAAAGACAUAAUUGAACUCUGGGCCCAAGGCACAAAUUAUGAAGAACUCCACGCCGAGGUCCGCAGGCGGACUAGCGACCGGUGGGAGAAAUACAGGAACGUGUCUUUCCGUUUCACAGUGGAUUCCUUCGCUUGGAAGCGGAGCCUUGACGAGAAAAGGGCCAUCAUCCAGUCGUUCGCCUACCUGGGUUUCCAGGGUCCCAUCCGGAUGAAGAACCCAGAGGAGGACUUUUGGGUUCUCGAGGAGUUCCUCUGGGAUGUCGAAGCCCUGGAGGACCCGUCGUUGCCCGGUCCCAUCCCGCCCACUGAGCCACAAGAGCCCAAGAAGAUCUACUUCGGGCGGUGGCUGGCGCAUGGAAGCCGGGACAUGGUGAAUAAGUACGAUCUCAAGAAGCGGCGCUAUAUCAGCACGACCUCAAUGGAUGCCGAAUUGAGCCUGAUCACGGCCAACAUGGCUCUGGCUGCUCCAGGCAAGAUAUUUUAUGACCCCUUCGUCGGCACGGGAAGCUUCUGCGUGGCCGCUGCGCACUUCGGGGCGAUGACUCUGGGUUCUGACAUCGACGGGAGGAGCUUCCGGGGUAAGGAGGAGAUUCGCAAGGGGAAGCCAAUAGGGCUGGUUGCGAAUCUGCAGCAAUAUGGCCUUGAGAGCAAGUUUGUGGACACCUUCACGUCCGAUCUGACCAACACUCCUAUUCGCAGUGUCCCGUUUCUGGACGGAAUCAUCUGCGAUCCUCCUUAUGGGGUGCGGGAGGGAUUGAAGGUGCUGGGAACUCGAGACGGACGGGGUAAAGAAGAGGUUAUCAUCGAUGGAGUACCAGCUCAUUAUCUCCCCGGUUACGUUGCUCCCAAGAAGCCAUACGGCUUCGAAGCGAUGCUGAGGGACAUCUUGGACUUUGCCGCUCGCACCCUGGUCCAAGGAGGACGACUAUCCAUGUGGAUGCCCACCUCCAACGACGAAGAUAUAGAAUUGGAGAUUCCAACUCAUCCAAGAUUGGAAGUGGUCAGCGUCAGUGUGCAACAUUUCUACAACUGGUCCCGACGCCUCCUAACCUACGAGAAACUGCCAGAGGGCAAAGUCUCAUCCACAACGAGAGCACGCCAGAAGACAGACGAUCCCAGCGGAGUGACGGCCGACGAGUUGAACGAAUUUAGGAGAAAGUACUUCGAGAUUAAAAAGUCCAAGCAACCCAAGAAGCAUAACACAGGAACAGAAACGGGAACGGGAGCAGAAGCAGGAGCAGGCACGAGCACGAGCACGAGCAAAGGCACAGAGGAGGGGAAAGGGGAAGAACCUCCGACCUCUGAAUUGAACUCAUUGAAUUUGGCAGAGACAGGGCAUGAUGGACCGUCAGGUCAAGACGGGAAAUAA